GACCACCCCAGGAACGGCGCCGGGCGGAGCGCAAUGAGCAGCUGAGGAGCCGCACGGAGAAGGAGAGAGAGCGGCAAGCAAGGCUGGCAGAAGAGAAGCUCCGCAAGGAGGAGGAGGAGGCCAAGAAACGCGCCGAGGACGAUGCCAAGAAGAAGAAAGUCCUGUCCAACAUGCCCCACUUCGGGGGGUACCUGGCCAAGGCGGAGCAGCGGCGCGGAAAGCGGCAGACGGGGCGGGAGAUGAAACUGCGUAUCCUGGCUGAGCGCAAGAAGCCCCUCAACAUUGAGCACAUGAGGGAGGAUGAGCUGCGGGCCAAGGCCAAGGAGCUGCACGACUGGAUCCAGCAGCUGGAGUCGGAGAAGUUCGACCUGAUGGAGAAGCUGCGGCGCCAGAAAUACGAGGUGGGGGCGGAGCAGGGGAUACUGGAGUGGUGGGGGGGGGGAGGUGAUACUGGGGUCACUGGUGGGUGACAUUGGGGUCACGUGGGGGGGAC